GUUCAGUUAUAAAUAACUAUUUUCAAUACUCGAAAUGCCUUAUUGUGACUUUGUGACUAUACUGUACUGUUAUCGGGUACGAAACUUGUUGUACCUACCAACUAAUAUACUUCGUGAGCGGCUUGCCAGUACUGCCAGUGUCAUUCAAGGGUAGUAAGUCGUGAGUGCAAGACGUUUGAUCAACAAAAUGGCGCCAAAAUUCAAGACUGAGAAAGUUGGCAUUGUGGGAAGUGGUCUCAUUGGUCGGUCAUGGGCAAUGCUGUUUGCGUCUGUGGGAUACCAGGUGACGGUAUAUGACAUCGUGCCGAAGCAGGUGUCUGACGCACUGGAGGACAUUAAGAAGCAGCUCAAGACCCUUGAGAAAGAUGGCCUGCUUAGAGGAGAACUUAAUGCUGACCAGCAAUUCCAAUGUAUUAAAGGUUCAACGGACUUAACAGAAGCCGUUAAGGGUGCCGUAUUCGUGCAGGAGUGUGUCCCAGAGAGCUUGGAGCUCAAGAAGAAAGUUUUCCAAGACCUAGACAAGGUUGUGGAUAACAAUACCAUCCUGUCCAGCUCGACGAGCACAACCUUGCCGUCAUUGUUCUCUGAAAACCUGAAGCACAAAUCUCAGGUGAUAGUCUCCCAUCCAGUGAAUCCUCCUUACUACGUGCCGUUAGUUGAAGUCGUGCCUGCACCGUGGACUAAGCCUGAGGUGGCGUUGAAGACACGUGAGAUAAUGCUGGAAAUCGGCCAGGAGCCUGUAUCUCUCACCAGAGAAAUCGAUGGAUUUGUCCUCAAUCGUAUUCAGUAUGCAAUUUUGAACGAGGUUUGGCGUCUUGUAGAAGGAGGUGUCGUAAAUGUCCAAGACAUUGACAAGGUCAUAUCGGAGGGUCUCGGCAUGCGGUAUGCGUUCCUCGGCUCAUUGGAGACAGCACACUUGAACGCGGAGGGCAUGAAGAACUAUAUCGAAAGGUACGGAAACACCAUUUACAAUGUGUCCAGUAAGUUCGGCCCAAACCCUCAAAUGACUCAAAGCACGAGCGCUGACUCGAUCUGCGAACAACUCAAUGAAAUGGUUCCCCUGGACAGGCUUCAAGAGAGACGAGGCUGGAGGGACGCUUGCCUCACACGCCUCUCCUUGCUCAAGAAGGAAAUGAAAACCAAGUACCAACAAUAAAAAUAACUUAUCGAUAUUACCUACAAGUACAAUUAUAUUUCCAUAUUAAAUCAAUUGUAAUAAACUUUCUCCUAUUAUUUAUUGACUUUUUGUUUUUUGUGUAGGUAAAAUACAAACAACUACAGCUG